AUGUACAGCGCGGCAGCUAUCUUCGCCUUCGCCCUCCUUCGCUCUGUCCGUAGCCAGCAGGUCGGCACCUACACGACGGAAACCCAUCCCACUCUCACCGUUCAGCAAUGUUCUGCUGGCGGUAGCUGCACAACGCAGACCAAGUCAGUUGUUCUCGAUUCUAACUGGCGCUGGCUCCACAGCACCAGUGACUACACCAACUGCUAUACUGGUAACGAGUGGGACUCCACCCUCUGUCCCGAUGUCGCUACCUGCACUGCCAACUGCGCUUUGGAAGGUGCAGACUAUUCCGGCACUUACGGUAUCACGACCAGCGGUAACGCGCUCACUAUGAAGUUCGUCACUACAACCUCCAAUACCAACAUUGGUAGCCGUGUUUACUUGCUCGAUGACGAGAACACGUACCACAUGUUCAACAUGAAGAACCAGGAAUUCACCUUUGACGUCGACGUGUCCAACCUGCCUUGCGGGUUGAAUGGAGCCUUGUAUUUCGUGCAGAUGGACGCUGAUGGUGGCAAAUCGAAGUACUCCACCAACGCAGCUGGCGCCGAGUAUGGUACGGGCUACUGCGACACUCAGUGCCCCCACGACAUCAAGUUCAUAAACGGACAGGCUAACAUCCUUGACUGGGCUCCUUCAUCCAGCGACGUCAAUGCGGGUACCGGUUAUUACGGCACUUGCUGUAACGAGAUGGAUGUCUGGGAAGCCAACUCGCAAGCUUCGGCUUUCACUCCCCACGUCUGCUCAGGCAUCACCGGCCAGACUAGGUGCGAGGGCACAGCUUGCGGUGACGGCGACGAGAGGUACGAUGGAGUUUGCGACAAGGAUGGCUGCGACUUCAACUCGUGGCGCAUGGGAGACGAAACCUUCUACGGACCCGGCUUGACCGUCAACACCAACUCCAAGUUCACCGUCGUCACCCAAUUCAUCACCUCCGACAACACCACUAGCGGCGACCUCGUCGAGAUCCGCCGGAUCUACGUCCAGAACGGCAAUGUCAUCCAAAACUCGGCGGCAGACUUUUCCGGCCUCAGCGCGUACAACUCCAUUACUGACAACUUUUGUAACGCCCAGAAGACGCUCUUUGGUGACACCAACUCAUUCGAGAGCAGGGGCGGACUCGCAACCAUGGGCGAUGCCUUCGAAGCUGGAAUGGCAUUGGUUAUGAGUAUCUGGGAUGACCAUGCCGUCAACAUGUUGUGGCUCGACAGUGACUACCCUACUGAUGCCGAUCCCUCCCAGCCCGGAAUCUCUCGUGGACCCUGUGCCACGACCUCUGGUGUCCCCACUGAUGUCGAGUCCCAGUCUCCCAACGCACAGGUUAUUUACUCCAACAUCAAGUACGGUCCCAUCGGCUCUACGUUCUCGUAA